CCUUGGUGUGGGAUUGUUUUUUUUUUUCCGUUCCCAGUUUCCUCCGUGGGUUUCCAAUCUGACCUUUAACUGAGCGCGCGCUUUUCUCCGUCACGCGCACUGUUGCGUUCGCGGGAAGGAUCAGCGGCGCGCGCCGUUAUUCGGUUUGCGGCGCGGAUGGUGUGGCGCUCGAGCGUGCCGGUCCUCCCUGAAAUGCGCUGCGGUUCCCUCGCGACUCCCUCCGUCGCAGGGGAGCUCCUAAGGCGUGACAAGUGAAGAGAAGGACAAUGUGUGACUUCCUCGCGUGGCGGGGUGUUUUGCGUACCGUGCAAGACCGAAAAUCUCCAACUUGAGUCUCGGCUCGCGACGUUUCCUUCGGCAGCGUCUUCACACUGCAUUAGAUUAGCACUGGUCGUGACGCGGGGACCGCGUUUCAAAAGCACCUUCUCAUCCACUCACAGAAAUUAAAGCUGAGGUUUGCAUUGAGGCCCAUUCUACCCUGUGAUGCUAUACAGCAGGGCUCAGAAGUGACACAACCUUCCCAGACUACUCCUCAUCACCUCAUUUUUGAUGAAAGCUGUAAGACAUGGGAAGAUGAUUUUAUUCUUUCUGAAAAUGAAUCAGUGACUCACAAGCGCCCCCUACUGCCGUUGCAGGUAUUAAAGCACACUUUGCUGAAUGGUUUGAUGGAGAUCUGGUCGAAUGACAGCUGGAACUGUGGUUAUAACUGGAGGAAUACUUGCUACGGUGAUACUCCUGUGUAUCAUAGCCGUGCUCUGUUACUGUAGGCUCCAGUAUUACUGUUGUAAAAGAAAUGAGCUGGAAGGUGAUGCAGGGCCAGGUGCUCGGCCUCAAUUUGCUUGCAAUGCAUGCAGCACUCCAGGCUUGGAUGGGGCUGCAGUCUCGGCCCUCUCCUUGUCACCUGAACCCACCCCACCCCGCAGCUACUGUCCCACCUGCUCACCCUAUGGCUCGCCCUUCUACAUCCGCACCGCAGAUGAGAUGCGCAAUGGUGGUGAGCGCAUCACCUACAUGCCCACCCACUUUGAGAAUCCAUCAUUGUCACUGGCCCUGCCUGCGGUUUAUGGCACCCCGCUGAGCUCCCGCAAUACACAAGACUUCUAUACCAACAGCCGUGCCAUCAGCACUGAUGUCUGACCUGUAGCUUCCAGAGGACCUAGCCACAGAAUCAAGGUCUUACAACAUCUUUUACCAACUCUGAAGUCAGUGAUGACGGGGCACCGAUUUGCCAGCUGUGGACUUUGAAGCCUCAGAAGUCUUCAAACGCAGCCACAGACUUUUUCCCUCUUUUUUGCUUAGGAUUUAAAUGCAUUAAAACAUAUAUUUAAAAGAAUACCUAGAAUAAUGGAUGAGGGCUAUCUUUAUUCCAGUUCAACCUGCUCCAACUUUUGGGGUUUAUCUUCUCAAUUAACAGAAAAGUAAAAGGAGAAUUUAUAUACUUAAUUCUGCAAAAGAAACAACUUUUUGACUAUGAAAAAAAAUCAAUAAAGAGAUUCAAUUUUUUCCAGUCAGUAUUUUUACAUAAUUAGACAAGGAAGUAUAACACAGAAAAAUACAGCUUCAGUGCAUUUUCUAUGCAAGUACAGUGGACUCAUGCCCAUCAAGGGGAGCGAGAAAUAAAAAUGAGUAUUGAAGCUAUUUGUCCUGGACUACUUUUUUUUUUUUUUUGUAGUAGAAACUGUCAUCUUUUGAGGGGACAUAAGUAAACUUCUUGUAGUGAGACAAGGACUGCUGAGGAAUAAGGAAAAAAGCAGAAUGCCUAGUUUAAGUUGAUGUUACUUCUGUGUUUCACUCAGCCUCCCCCUAUUCUAACAAUAAAUGUUAAAACUCACUGAUUUACAGAUGUGCGAUAAGUAUUUUAGGGCAUAAGUUAUUUUCUUAAGCCAAUGAUGUGUUUCCCACUGGGGACAGACCAGCCAAUUUGUUUCAGUACAUCAAACAUCCCUUCUAGCGGUACCACCCAUGAUGCUGCCAGGAGACUGGCAACAGAGCAGAGAAUACUGUAGAUUAGAAAGAUUUUAUA